AUGGGAAAGAAGAGGGCAGGGAAGGGGGGUGAGUCCCUCAAGCCCUGUAUCACCAAAGAGCCGUGCUGCAGCCCACUUGUCAAAGAUACGCAGUGUGGGUCGCGCCUUCGGCUCCCCUGGCGCGCGGGCUGGCCGACUCCUCCUGCUCGUCCUCUUGCUGCUGCACUCUUCCUCCUCUCCUCCCUCCGAGGAGCAGCUUGCCUCAUGCCAAGGUUCCUCUUCCUGCUGAUCCCGCCCGUCUGGAUGACGGGGUCCCCGGUGCUCGUGCUCCGAUGGUUGCCAGUCUGUGUCCGCUUGGCUUGUUAG